AUGCCCAUCUGCCACGCAUCGGCACCCAUUACUUGUACAGUGCCGGCCCAGAUCGAGAACGCCAAAGCGCCUCGUCCUCGCUGCAUCGUCGUAUCCACUCCCCCAUCUCCAUCCUCAACCUUCUCCUCCUCCGGCGCCGUCCCUAACCCACCUUGCGACCCUCACUCUCUCUUCUCUUUCCUUCUUUCCUUCUCCACGCCGCCGCACACUUCUGCUCCGCUUCCUCCCUUGUCGCCAUCCCCACGAGCGCGAUCCGUAGAACCCGCUGCCGCGUUCCCCAGGCCGACCCACCGACUGCCCUUACCGACCGAUCCUUCGCCGAGUCCCUCUUCCUCCAACACUUUCGCGAUGGGGCUCUGUGGUGGAACAAAGUCUGUGCAACGCAAGCUAGUGCUUCUCGGUGAUGGUGCAUGUGGAAAGACGUCGCUGCUCAAUGUCUUCACCAGAGGUUACUUCCCUACCGUAUAUGAACCAACUGUCUUUGAGAACUAUGUCCACGACAUUUACAUCGAUAACACUCAUGUCGAGCUGAGCCUGUGGGAUACUGCCGGACAAGAAGAAUUCGACCGACUGCGAUCGCUCAGCUAUGAUGAUACUCACGCGAUCAUGCUCUGCUUUAGUGUUGACUCUCCCGAUUCACUUGAGAACGUAGAGACCAAGUGGGUUGGUGAAAUCGCCGAGAACUGCCCCAACGUCAAAUUGGUCUUGGUUGCGCUCAAGUGCGAUUUGCGAAAGCGCGAUGACGAUGACGACGGCGAGGCACAGCCCGAGAAACCCAUGAUACAAUAUGACGAUGGUCUCAAGGUCGCCGAGAAGAUCAAGGCUUUACGCUAUCUUGAAUGUUCUGCGAUGAAGAACCGCGGUGUGAAUGAGGCUUUCACCGAAGCCGCACGCGUGGCGCUUUCUGUCAAGACCGGAAAGGACAAGAGCAGCGGGUGUACCGUGAUGUGA